AUGGCUCAGUACGGCCACCCCAGCCCGCUCGGCAUGGCUGCGAGAGAGGAGCUGUACAGCAAAGUCACCCCGCGGAGGAACCGCCAGCAGCGCCCCGGCACCAUCAAGCAUGGAUCGGCGCUGGACGUGCUCCUGUCCAUGGGGUUCCCCAGAGCCCGCGCACAAAAAGCCUUGGCAUCCACAGGAGGAAGAAGUGUUCAGGCAGCAUGUGACUGGUUGUUCUCCCACGUCGGCGACCCCUUCCUGGACGACCCCCUGCCCCGGGAGUACGUCCUCUACCUCCGCCCCACCGGCCCCUUAGCGCAGAAGCUUUCCGACUUCUGGCAGCAGUCGAAGCAGAUCUGCGGCAAGAACAAGGCGCACAACAUCUUCCCUCACAUCACCCUCUGCCAGUUCUUCAUGUGUGAGGACAGCAAGGUGGACGCCCUGGGGGAAGCCCUGCAGACCACCGUCAGUCGCUGGAAAUGUAAGUUCUCAGCCCCGCUGCCCCUGGAGCUCUAUACCUCCUCCAACUUCAUCGGCCUCUUCGUGAAGGAAGACAGCGCAGAGGUCCUCAAGAAGUUUGCCGCCGACUUUGCUGCGGAGGCUGCCUCCAAAACCGAAGUGCACGUGGAGCCUCAUAAGAAGCAGCUGCACGUGACCCUGGCUUACCACUUCCAAGCCAGCCACCUGCCCACCCUAGAGAAACUCGCCCAGAACAUUGAUGUCAAACUCGGGUGCGACUGGGUGGCUACCAUAUUCUCCCGGGAUAUCCGAUUUGCUAACCACGAGACGUUACAGGUGAUCUACCCCUACACCCCGCAGAACGACGAUGAGCUGGAGCUGGUCCCUGGGGACUUCAUCUUCAUGUCGCCCAUGGAGCAGACCAGCACCAGCGAGGGCUGGAUCUACGGCACGUCCCUAACCACAGGCUGCUCCGGACUCCUGCCUGAGAACUACAUCACCAAGGCUGACGAGUGCAGCACCUGGAUAUUUCAUGGUUCUUACUCGAUCUUAAAUACAUCAUCUUCCAAUGCGCUCUCAUUUGGGGAUGGCAUCCUGGAGAGGCGGCAAUAUGACGACCAGGGCCUGGGGGACACGACGCCCCUGACCAUCAUCUGCCAGCCCACCCAGCCUCUGAGGAUCAGCAGCCAGCCUGGCCCUCAAAAGAGAUGCCUCUUUGUGUGUCGGCACGGUGAGAGGAUGGAUGUAGUUUUUGGGAAGUACUGGCUCUCCCAGUGCUUCGACGCCAAAGGUCGCUACAUACGCACUAACCUGAACAUGCCUCAUAGCGUACCUCAGCGGAGCGGUGGUUUCCGGGAUUACGAGAAAGAUGCUCCAAUCACCGUGUUUGGAUGUAUGCAAGCAAGACUCGUGGGUGAAGCCUUAUUAGAGAGUAACACCAUCAUUGACCAUGUCUAUUGCUCCCCGUCCCUGCGCUGUGUCCAGACUGCGUACAACAUCUUGAAAGGUUUACAACAAGAAAAUCACUUGAAGAUCCGCGUAGAGCCUGGUUUAUUUGAGUGGACAAAAUGGGUUGCUGGGAACACAUUACCUGCGUGGAUACCUCCAUCAGAGUUAGCUGCAGCCAACCUGAGUGUUGAUACAACCUACAGACCUCACAUUCCAGUCAGCAAAUUAGUGGUUUCAGAAUCCUAUGACACCUAUAUCAGUAGAAGUUUCCAAGUAACAAAGGAAAUAAUAAGUGAAUGUAAAAGUAAAGGAAAUAACAUCCUGAUUGUGGCCCACGCAUCUUCCCUUGAAGCAUGUACCUGCCAACUUCAGGGCCUGUCACCUCAGAACUCCAAGGACUUUGUACAAAUGGUCCGAAAGAUCCCCUACUUGGGGUUUUGUUCCUGUGAAGAAUUAGGAGAAACUGGAAUCUGGCAGCUGACAGACCCACCAAUCCUCCCUCUUACCCAUGGACCAACUGGGGGCUUCAACUGGAGAGAGACCCUGCUGCAAGAAUAACCGCACGAGCGAACAAGAAGAAAAGACUUGAGGAAGGCUUUGGGAGAAGUGUCUUUUUGUGUACUUAGUAACAGUGGGAAAGUCUGCACCACAUCCUAAGUGGACAGCUCAGAAUAAUUUAGCAUAUGUCCUUUCGGGCUUUGACGUUCUUAGGAUGAGACCACGUCAAGGAGAGAAAGACUUGAUUCGGGGAAAAAAUUCAUUCUCCCUGGACUCUUGCCUCGCUAACAAGGCUUUCAAGAAUUGUCUUCCUAUACAGGGGCACCUGCCACAGCAGAGGAUGUUUCCUCCCUUCCAUCUGUGCUGACUAAGGAGCCUGGGUCCUCCCAAAGAGAGCUGCCAGCCCCCUCUGAGGAAGGAUGCAGGAAAAUCCAACUGGAGGGACACCAAGCUGCCAGUCCGGUGAUGGGAUUUUCUUUUCUUUUUAACUCCAUGUUCCAGUUAAAACCAAGCUGCCGAAUUCUUUUAAGGUGAUUAGAAAACAUGCGGUUUCCCAUCAAUUUCUACCCACACCAGUGCUGCUGGCUCAAGCCAUCUGCUGGAGGAUUCUAACCUUCACCCUGGUACCGCCACAUCACAUUUCCUCUAGAGAAAAGCGGACUACAGCUUUUUGCUACCAUCCUACCCCCUUGCUUCUCUCUAUCUGUGAAAUGGGGAGACAGAGCAUUUUUACUCUCCAAAGCACUUUUGGAUACUCAGGAGGAAGAUAAGAUAAAUGUGUGAAGUAUUCAAUUGUAGGAGCAAGGAACUUGCCAAAUAUAUCAAAGGAGUUACUCGUGUCACAGCCUAACGAGCCACAGAACUUCUGAAUCACCGUGAUUUGCUUGUCUUUGCCCUGAGAGUCUAGACCAUGUUAACUGGUUAAGGAUGUUGACAUUUUCAGAUGUAUGUGAAAUACAUCCUUUGAGUCAGCAAGAAGCUCAUUCUUGUGCAAUAUGGACGUCGUUACAAACCAUACACCAAGGGUCGGGUCAUUGUAUGCGUACAGUACUUGUCAACCAUAACAGAACACCCACAAAUGCAUCAGUUACAUCCAGGGAUGUAUUAUGAAGUCAGGGAACUAACUUAAAUGAUGACAGUCACGACUGCACUGCUGCUUGUGCUGUCGUUUUUAUUUGUUUGUUUGUUUCGCUAUGGUAAUUUAAAAGAGGUAGGUAGGGCUACUUAAGGAAAGUUGGGAGAGCCACAUCCUGUGGCAUCUCGUCACACUUGCUUCCUGAAUUUAGAGGGAGUUUAUUUAAAAGAAAAACAAAUGACAGUCAAACCAAAACAUCAGUUAUCAAUGUCUAGUUAAUUGUGUGACUAGCUGACUGUUGACGGCAGCAGACAAUGGUCUGGCAUGGUAUAGUUCACUCUGUAGAAUAUAUGUGCAAAAUGAAAUCUCAGCCAUUUAAAGAGAACAUUCAUGUAAAACAAAUCAAUAUAUAUUGUAGCAUUAAACAAGCUUCAAAACCCAAAGGAGAAAACAUAUGGGAUAUAAAAAUAGAUCUAUGCUCCUAUUUGAAACUAGAAUUUGAUGAUCCUUGAAAAGAAGAGGAAGUGAAAGGAUGCUGGCUAUGUAUGUUAAGCCGCAAGAGGAUUAUUGUUGAGUUUUUUUUUUAAGUCACUUAGAGAAAUACGUCAUGAAUUUUAUAUUUUAAGAAACAAAUCUUGAUUUCUUCCAGCACUGCA